GAGCAUAAAUUCAAACCGCCCCUCGACUAUUACCGUUACGUUUUUUUCCAUGAAUUACCGACCUACUCACGCAUCCAACAUCCUACUCUAUAUGCGUGCACGCAUAAAUACUCCUUAUGCACUCUUAUGUCUCAUAUUGUACGACAAGAUUUCAAACUGUCAUCUUUAUUCGAAUAAGAUGCCGAGCAGUGCUUCGCGUUUAUUUUUCCUAGUCUUAGCCGUGGGGAUAGGAAGAAUAUACACUGACGAAAUAGCCAACUGGGCUCUGGGUUUACGAGCUUUUCUAAAGGAUUGUCCCGAGGUGCCUUGGAAUACUUCAGAAAAUCAAAAGUUUCUUGAUUCUCUUCGUCAUUGUAUGCAGCAUCGUGCUGUUGUUGUUCUCGAUGCUUUGCUCACGGAUGAUACUAUUCCUAUUUUUGAUGGAAUUAAUCUUGUGCGAUUUGAAGAAAGUGAUUCGAAUAUUACGGACGUUGAGUCCGACAGAGAUGAAGCUAGCAGCAACGUGGAGAAAGAGGAACGUGAAAGUGAAAAAAAUUUAUGUGACAUUUUGAUAAAUCGUCUGUGCAGUAUUUUCCGGACUCACGUUCUCAAAAUAGAUAUUGACCAGCUGUCAAAUAGUAUUGGAUUAAAUUCUGGAUCAUCUGCAGAGGAUAAAAGUGAUAACGCCUUUCAAGGAAGAAGACGUCGCCACAGACGACGUCACCAUAUGAUGCCUCUUAUGAUGAUGGGAUUUUUACUGAUGGGUAGCAUUCUCAUUCCAAUGGGAUUCCAGUUUUUAGCUGUUCUGGGCGGCAAGGCUUUGAUUCUCGCCAAGAUGGCGUUAAUGCUGUCGAGCAUACAGGGUUUGAAGAAGAUUGCCACUAAUGGUGUUAACUAUGGCCUUUAUCAUAGUCCAGUUGCAGAGGGAUGGCACGAAAGAAGUCACUUAGAACCACCGAAUCAUUUCGAUGGUCCCUAUCAUGGAUAUCCUUCACAGCCUCAUCCAUAACGUCACUUCCGUUAAUUCUUUAACGUUUUUCAUGAAAAGUUAUGGCACUGUAUCUCUAUGUUUAUUUAUUUUAAUAUAAAUGUUAUUUAUUCAUUUAAAUUAGUAUAUCCGUUUCUUGAUACGCGGAAAAAGAUCCAACUAGGAUAACCAAAAUAUUUGUAAAUCGCAUCGGGUAAAAUUAUUUUGUCGACUACUUUAUUAUUAUUUUCCUUUUUGAAAUCUGAUUUUGACAUACAGGAUGUGCCCUGUACAUACCUAUAAGAAGCGUCUCUCCAAGUGAGAAUUGUAACUG